AUGCCCACCCCGUUGCCAUCCCUAAUUAUACUCCCCAAAAUUCCAGCUGAAGUUAUCCAAGUUAUUCUAGCAAGACUACCAGUGAAGUCCAUCUUGAAGCUCCAAUGCGUUUACAAAUCAUGGCUUUCCUUAAUCUCCAGCCCUGCAUUCAUGAGAAUCCACCUCGACAGAAGUAGUUCAACAGACAACCAACGAUUGCUGGUAUCAAAGUGGUUUGAUUCGAAAGAGCAUCUUAAACAUUGUCGUAUCAAGUCCUUAUUGUGUAAUGAAGAUGCUACGGAUGCAGUACUAAGUAGCAUCGAUUGCCCCCUCUUGGAACACCAUCAUAAACAGUUUAUCAACAAAGCCAUAUUGGGGUAUUGUGAUGGAUUGGAAGUAUGGGUUAUGAAGGAUUACGGAAUCAGAGAGUCUUGGAGUAAGAAGUUCUGCAUCCCACGUAAUAGAUCCCCGAGGCAUAUGGUUUCCAAACUUGCCUGUUUAUUAGAAGACAAUGAAGUUUUAGUGAUCUGUGGAUCGAAUUUGGCAUUUUACAAUGUUAAGGAUAAUUUCUUCAGGGAUGUCCUGUUUAGGACAUUUGAUGCCUGUGUUUAUGUUGAAAGUCUGAUUUCACCACCUGCUAAUAAUGGAUUCGAGAGGCACCAGCUGCAAGGCAGGCUAAAAAACAAAGAUGAGAUCAUUGGAUGUUAG